UCAAUCGGCGCGAACACAAUUUUAYUAAAUUAUUCAUAAUUCGAUGCCAAUGCUGGCCUCAGUUUUUCUUCAAUUUUCAUGCUGUGCACAUGCCUUUCUCGCUAUAAUUGUAAAAUCGUAAAAAAAAAUGUUGGCGCUGCUCAAAAUUGGAAUUGUCACUUUUUUGGUAAUCAGUUGCGUAUUGGUAACGGUAACAGCCGAACAACUGCACAACUCAAGAUGCAAGAAUAAUGUCUGCAACUGCAGCUUCGGUACUCAGGAGGCAGUUUUGGGUGGCGUUAAGUACUGCCUUAGYCACUGCCCAAAAAACGCAGUUCGGUUAUCGUUUCGGAUAUGUGAAUGCCGGAAUGGAUAUCAGUACAUURACGAGCAACGAACAAAGUGUGUGCGAACGAAUGAGCUUGUGGGGGAUCAGGAGAUCGAUAGCGUCGAUGAAGUUGCCGACACAUCAAGUAGUACGGCCGCCAGCACUACAUCAAGGAUAACUACCAACAAAGCGAUAAUUGGUGAUACUGACACUACAGGGAACUCAUACAAUUAUAUGACGACCAUUGAAACUAUUUCAACCAGUGUAGCUACAAAUACAACUAAUCGGGGAGAAAAUUUGAAUGUGAACAGUGUUGGUGAUAUUGAAGAUAUAUAUAUCUGGAUUGGUGCGCUASUAAUGGCCUUGGUUUUGUUAGUGUUGCUCGCCUUUAUAUUUAUCUCACGCAAGUGAUUUGCAUUAGCAAGACAUUAUUGUCCACUUUACAAUUUAAUUGUUAGAAAUGAUUAUUCUCUCGCUUAGUUCGCUCAACAAAUCAACUUAUUUAUUUGAGCAUCAACCGCCACAUUUCUUCACAAUACACACGCUCGCCACUACAUAUUGACGCACUCAUAGCUUAUGUUUCUUAGAGACAAUUAAAAAUAAAAUAUAAUUCUAAGUAAAGGAAUUUAUAAAAAGGUUGCCAUUAAAUAAAUUCGUAUCAUAUAAAAUUAUAUACUAUAAAUAAGAAUUUUAUAUUUUACGGAUAUAAUUAUUUCUGUG